AUGUCGACCGAGUCAUUCAAUCCCAACCCCAUCGUCUUUGCAACCGCAAAGCCCAAUCGCAAUGUGCCUGUCUAUCUGAGAGUCAACUCACUUUGGCUCGAUGACGACGAACGGGAUCAUGAGGAGCAGGAUGAAUCGAAUGAUGUCGAGGAGAUUGACCAGGAUGAGAUAUUCGAAUUAAUUCGCUCCAUAUCCGACCCCGAGCACCGGAGCAUGACUCUGGAGCAGCUCGCAGUUGUAUCAGCUCCACAAAUUAGCUUUGACCCACGGGCACCAGACAGGCUCACCGUUGAGUUUACACCAACGGUUCCGCACUGUGGGAUGAGCACAUUCAUAGGACUCUCUAUCCGUGUAAGGCUGUUGCGGAGCCUACCUCAGCGAUAUAAAGUGGACAUCCGUGUGAAGCCAGGAUCGCACCAGAGUGAACACGCAUUGAACAAACAGCUGAACGAUAAGGAGCGCGUCGCUGCUGCUCUGGAGAAUCCCGCACUGCUUGAGGUGCUCGAACAGUGUCUAUCAACAGCAGGGCGGCAGCCCGAAGGAGCCGCCAUAUGA